CCAACGCAAUGAGGAAAGAAUGAAAGCAGGAUUCUUUUCGAUGGCUAUAUAAACAAGGCAUGGCCAUACCGUAGUUAUUCACUGAGCGCCUCGUCUUCAAAGGCUUAAGAUCUUUCGAAAAGUUGGUGAAUUUUUUUCAUCACCAUGAAAGCUUUGCUUUGCACCCUCUCUGCAUUCCUUGUGCUGACAGUAGUUGCUGCAAUUGAUCCUUGGCAUGGUGGAUACGAACACGAGGAGCCUAAAGUCAUAAAGGUUGUCAAGCCAGUGCAUCACGUCGUCAAAGUAGUCAAGCACUUGCCACCUCCAAUUCCCGUUAUAUCACAUGUGCAGCUUCAUCGUAAAACCAUAGUAGGCCAACCUCUUGUCUUCCAUCACAGUGAAUUUAUCCCAGUCCAUCACGGACAUGGCCAUGGCUAUGGAGGACAUGGUUAUGGAGGACACGGACAUGGUCAUCAUGUUCCUAUUUAUAAUUUCUACGGAGGCCAUCACGGUGGCUUGCAUGGAGGACAUCAUGGUGGAUUACACAUUGGUGGACAUCUUGGUGGAUUACGCAUUGGUGGACAUGGCAGCUUAGGAUUUCACUGACAACUCGAAAUGAAUUAGAACUUUACAGUCACAUGUAUUUAUUACUUGCCCGUCGAAAUAGCCAAUAUGUGUCCAGUUCAAUAUUAGGAGUACAUAACAGACUGUUUUCUUAAUUUUUAGAUUCAUGUGUAAAUAUGCACUAUUACAGAGUUUUCUGAGCAAGACUAUUCUGAAGGUAUUCAGACGUGAGUACAAAGAGCUUAUUGUACAGUUCGCUCCCCAUACUUUUCACAUUAUGUUAAAUAAAAAUUUCAUUUUUUUAAUUAA